AAUCAGGAGCCUGACAAUUAUAUAAAAACUGGAAACAUGAUGAGUACUUGUCGUUAGCCAAAAACAGAUAUUCAUGGGAGACAACAAUUGAGUCUCCAAACACGUUAAAUUUGAAAGAAUUUGGUGUUAUUAAUAAUCAUAUCAAGGAUUUGAGGUUUGAUCAUCGAAACCCGAAAAAUUUGGGCAAAUUCUCAAGGAUGCUUGGACAUUUAUGGACUCGGCAGAUUUCGCGAUCCUCCUUGCGCGAGGGCGUGAUUAGGAAUUUCGUUCGAAAUCUCUCUUUAUAUGAAAUUCAUAACCUGAAAAACCCUCAUUCAUCUCCGCCAAAAUCGCAAAAUAUUCAAAUUCCUCCACCCACCCGUUUACGUGGUGCAACUCCCUCCAAUGAAACUUCUAAGAAAGAACUUGCUCCUACUAGACAUAUGCCCCGUAAAAAUGUUAUUAAAUUGACUCCAGAUGCAGUGAAUCAUUUACGAAACAUGCUGAAUGAACCCGCUAUGAAGGAUAAACUCUUGCGAAUUGGUGUAAAGCAAAAGGGUUGUGCUGGCCAGGCCUACUCGUUAGAAUACAUUGCACAGCCUGAGAAGUUUGAUGAAAUUGUAGAGCAAGACGGAAUUCGUAUCAUAGUAGCUCGAAGGGCUUUACUGCAAAUCAUCGGUUCUGUAAUGGAUUACAAGGAUGAUGAAUUACAGUCGCGGUUUAUUUUUACCAACCCGAAUAUCAAAUCUACUUGUGGUUGCGGAGAAUCUUUCAGCACGAUAAAAUAAUGCAAAAGUACAAAAAAAAUAAAAAUUAAAAGAGCUUUGUUUUACGAAUUCUUAUGAUUGCAACGUUUAUUAAUUAAUUCCCUACAAUGGCUUUUUGUUGGUUUCUUCGUUCAUGCUUUAUGCCCCUUUUCUGCGUUGAGCACUGGUCCUGUGCUUUCCUUCCUUUUUCUUUUAAUCAACUACUUACCUAAUAACAAAUAAUGAUGUUUUGCUAUUGUGGCUUUUUUAUUUUAUAUGAAUUUUUGUGAAAUCCGCUGUCUGCGUAAAGUAAUAUGAUGAUUUUAUUUCUAAGCUGUGUUUGCUCUGAUUCGCUUUUCUUUUUUUCUGCACAUCUAUAGUUUACGAAACGACGAGAGUCACAAGCUGUCAAAGAUUUUUCUAAGUGGUUUGAAAAUACCUUGAAGGGAAGAUACUUCUCAUUCUUGAUAGAAGUUGUCGAAAGAGGAUCUCACUUACUUCAAUAUCAGUGCUAUAGUCUGCAAUAGAGUUUUGAAUGAAUUCAAAAAUAAUUUGAAAGACACUUAUCAUUUCUCGUUCUUCCUGUUGGUUGAAGGUAGUAUGGGACUCAUCGGUUGGAAUGUUUGGUAAAGCUUUCCUUCAAACUUGUUCAUCUACAAACGAAUUCUCUUGUUAGCAUUGUCGUAGUAUAAAAGUAAAUCAAAGAUAUUACCCAACCUGAGGAUGUUUGUACUCCAACAUGUAGCCAUAAACUCCAUGCACCCAUUCG